AUGGCCCCCGAGGCCGGGGCGCCCCCGCGCCCGCUGCCCUGGGCGGCGCUGCUGCUCCUGGCCGCGCUGCUCCCCGUCGCCUCCUCGGCGGGGGCCCCAGUUGACCACCCACUGAAGCCAAGGCACGUGAAACUGCUGUCCACUAAAAUGGGCCUGAAAGUCACAUGGGACCCACCCAAAGAUGCUACCAGUAGACCCGUGGAGCAUUACAACAUUGCCUAUGGGAAGUCACUGAAAAGUCUUAAAUACAUCAAGGUGAAUGCGGAGACAUACUCCUUCCUUAUUGAGGAUGUGGAGCCGGGGGUAGUGUACUUUGUGCUGGUUACUGCAGAAAACCACAGUGGAGUGAGCCGUCCAGUAUACAGAGCUGAGAGCCUGCCUGGAGGUGAAUGGAUCAAGAUUGAUGGUUUUCCCAUCAAGGGUCCAGGACCAUUUAAUGAAACCGUCACAGAAAAGGAAGUGCCCAACAAGCCCUUGCGUGUACGUGUCCGGUCCUCAGACGACAGGCUGUCUGUUGCGUGGAAGGCGCCACGCCUGUCUGGAGCCAAGAGUCCACGCAGAUCUCGGGGUUUUCUCCUGGGCUAUGGGGAGAAUGGCCGGAAGAUGAAUUAUGUUCCACUGACGAGAGAUGAGCGGACACAUGAAAUUAAGAAGCUGGCCUCGGAGUCAGUAUACGUGGUCUCCCUGCAGUCCAUGAACUCCCAGGGACGGAGCCAGCCAGUCUACAGAGCUGCCCUAACCAAACGGAAGAUUUCAGAAGAGGAUGAACUGGAUGUACCUAAAGACAUCACUGUCCGGGUUAUGUCAUCCCAGUCUGUGCUUGUGGCCUGGGUGGAUCCUGUUUUGGAAAAACAGAAGAAAGUUGUUGCAUCAAGACAGUACACCGUGCGCUAUCGAGAAAAGGGGGAAUCCGCCAGGUGGGAUUACAAGCAAAUCACUAACAGGCGUGUGUUGAUCGAGAACCUGAUUCCAGAUACCGUGUAUGAAUUUGCAGUCCGUAUUUCACAGGGUGAAAGAGAUGGCAAGUGGAGUAUAUCAGUCUUCCAAAGAACACCAGAAUCUGCUCCUACCACAGCUCCUGAAAACUUGAAUGUCUGGCCAGUCAAUGGCAAACCUACAGUUGUCACUGUGUCUUGGGAUGCACUACCAGAGACCGAGGGGAAGGUGAAAGAAUACAUUCUUUCCUACGCCCCGGCUCUCAAACCAUUUGGAGCAAAGUCCCUCACCUAUCCUGGAGACACUACUUCUGCCCUGGUGGAUGGUCUGCAGCCUGGGGAACGCUAUCUUUUCAAAAUCCGGGCUGCAAACAGGAGAGGCCUGGGACCUCACUCCAAAGCCUUCGUUGUCGCUAUGCCAACAACCAGGAGCAGUGAUGUUCAGCAGAACACGGAGGGUAAUUGGAAACCUCAAAAACCUGAGCCUCCCUCAUCUUCUCCAAAAGCUGCAGCUUCCUCAAAACACACUCAUUUGCCUGUUUCUCCCCAAGAUAGAAAUGUCAAGGACCCUCUCCUUGACUUGAAGAACAAGAUAUUGGCUAAUGGUGGGUUGCCCAGAAAACUCCCGCUUCGCCCUAAGAAGACUGAAGAGUUGGGUCUUCAGUCGACGGAGGUCACCGAGGAGGAGGAGCUAGAUUCCCUGGAGGACCCUCCAGCCUCGCCCUCGGAGAGCCAAGACCAGAAGCGAACUCUGAGGCCACCAAGCAGGCAUGGGCACUCCGUGGUUGCUUCUGGCAGGGCUCCCGUGCUGCCCCGGAAGGAAGGUGCAGAUAAGCGUGGCUCCUCGCUGACCGCCCACCCCCGCUCCUCGGCGGCCACUCCCGCCCACCACACAGCCACCCAGGGCACCUCUCACCGUCCUGCUGGGGGCUCCUCUGCCAACCCGCUUGCCAGCUCUGCCGACAAUGACUCGGUGGACCCAGACGAAGACGAGCGAGCUGCAGGCUCCCUCCACCCCAAGGACACGUCUGCGCAGCAGCCACCUCCCAAGAGGCCGGCCCAGCCCUGGCCAGCCCUGUCGCCCAGCCGCCAGUCUGCCUCCAGCGUCCUGCGGGACAGAAGCGCCAUGCACCAUGGCACAAAACCAGCCUCACCGGCAUGGAGGGCACCCCAUUCUGGGGCCGUGGAGGAAGAUUUCAGCGCCUCAGCCCCACCAUCGAGACUUUCUCCACCCCAUCGGGGGUCAUCUCGGCUGCUGCCCACCCAACCGCACCCGGGCCCUCUGCCCUCCAGGGGCUGGAGGGAUGGUCAUGAAGCCCCAGCCGCCAACUCUAACGCGCCAUCACGGUCCACCAUGUCUUCCUCCAGGACACAGGUCUCUGAGGGAGCAGACGCUUCUGAUGGCCAGGGCGACAGUGAUGGUGACGCAGAAGACAGCGGGAGGCCGGCGGAGGCCACUGCCCAGACGCUGCGGGCCCGGCCUGCCUCUGGACAUUUGAGUUUGCUCAGACACAAGCCCUUUGCAGCCAAUGGCAGGUUUCUGAACAGAUUUGGCAGCGGCCGGGGACUCCGGCUGCAGCCCUCCAGCUCCCCACAGUCCACGGUGCCCCCCCGAGCCCACUCAAGGGCUCACUCUCACCCAGCCUCCGUCCCCAGGCUCGGCUCAGGUAUCCAUGGAGACGGGGAGGAUGAGAAGCCACUUUCUGCCACCGUGGUAAAUGACCACGUGCCUUCCUCCUCCAGGCAGACCACCUCUCGGGGAUGGGACCCCCUAAGAAGAAGCCCCCAGAGAGGGGCUGGUCUGCACCGGAAGGAGCCUGUCCCAGAGAACCCCAAAUCCGCAGGGACAGAUGUACAUUCUCAGGGCAAAUCCUCCUCUCUGUCCUCUAAGGCGCAGGACGUUCAGCAGAGCACAGACGUGGACAUGGAGGGUCAUUCUCCCAAAACGCAGCCAGUGUCCCUGGGCCGCCAGCUGUCCUCUGCUCGUCCUCCCGCAGCACGGUCACAGCACCACCCUGCGCCCAGUGUUCCCAGAAGGAUGACACCAGGCCGGGCCUCAGAAAGGCAGCCCCCGCCACCCGUCUCCACGUCCCAGCACCAGCCCUCCGCCCCCCAGAGCAAGGACUCGGGGCGGUCACUUUCCCAGCCCAAGCUCGCGCUAGCUCAGGCCGGGCGCCCCCGCCCCACGUCGCAGGGCGGCGCCCAUGCCCUCUCGGACCCGUACACCGCAAGCUCCCGAGGGGUGCUGCACACGGGGCGCCGGAGCCAGGACGAGGAUUCCCAGAGCAGCAAUGACAGCGACAGCACGGAAGUCCUGGCCCCCGCCCGCGCCAAGGACGCCACCCUGCCCCUGCCCAAGCACAGUCAGGUGGAGUCGCCUGCGGGGAGCGCCGAGGACAGACCCCGGAGCGGACACGCCGGCUCUUGGCCGAGGCCCGGCGGGCCCCAGACCCGCACCCGCGUCCCGGGCAGGGCCACACCCAGGGAGACCCAGCCUCCUUCCAGGCGGCCCCUGCCGUCCAAAUCCCAGCAGUCAGUCUCCGCGGAGGACGAGGAGGAGGACGCGGGAUUUCUAAAAGGAGGAAAGGAAGACCCUCUGUCUUCCUCUGUGUCCAAGUGGCCCUCUACCUCCACGCCCAAGGGCAGCAAAUAUGCUGAUGGCAGCCUCGCCAAGGACCAGCGGGAGCCUGCCGUGCGGUCUCCUCCCAGAGGGAGCCUGGCGCAGGAAGAGAGCGCCGCUCCCGGGAAGCGACCUCUGCCGCUUCCUCCAGGCAGCCCUCCGAGGGCCUCCCACCUACCUCCCCGACUGCCGCCUCGCAGCCCUGCCACCGCGAGUCCCGUCACGGGGACGCCUUCGUGGCCGCGGUCUGCCACCCGCGCCCCUCCCAGCUACUCCACCACCCCGAUGCUCUCCUUGCGCCAGCGGAUGAUGCAUUCCAGAUUCCGGAAUCCUCUCUCCCGCCAGACUGGGAGACCCCCCUACCGACAAGGUUAUAAUGGCAGACCAAAUGUAGAAGGGAAAGCUCUUCCCGGUAGUAAUGGAAAACCGAAUGGACAGAGAAUUAUCAAUGGCCCUCAAGGAACAAAGUGGGUUGUGGACCUUGAUCGUGGGUUAGUACUGAAUGCAGAAGGAAGGUACCUCCAGGAUUCACAUGGAAAUCCUCUUCGGGUUAAACUGGGAGGGGAUGGCCGGACCAUUGUGGAUCUGGAAGGGACCCCCGUGGUGAGUCCAGACGGCCUCCCCCUCUUUGGGCAGGGGCGACACGGCACACCCCUGGCCAGUGCCCAGGAUAAGCCAAUUUUGAGUCUUGGUGGGAAGCCCCUGGUGGGCUUGGAGGUCAUCAAAACAACCACCCAUCCCCCCACCACAACCACGCGGCCUACCACUACUACGACACCCCUGCCUGCCACUACGACCCCAAGGCCCACGACUGCCACCACUCCGCGGCCCACGACCGCCACCACACGCCGCACAACCACCACCCGCCGCACAACCACUAUGCGCCCAACGACCACAAUCCGAACCACUACGCGGACAACGACCACCACCACCCCUGAACCCACCACCCCGGUCCCCACCUGUCCCCCUGGAACCCUGCAGCAGCGUGACAAUGGAGGCAACCUGAUAAUGGGCUCAAAUGGGAUCCCGGAGUGCUACCCCGAGGAAGACGAAUUCUCAGGCUUGGAGACGGACACGGAAACACCCACGGAAGAGGCCUACGUUGUAUACGAUGACGAUUAUGAAUUUGAGACCUCGAGGCCACCAGCCACCACCAAGCCUUCGACCACUGCUGCCACAACUACACCAAAGGUCAUCCCAGAAGAAGGCACCAUCAGUUCCUUUCCUCAAGAAGAAUUUGAUCUGGCUGGAAAGAAACGAUUUGUUGCUCCUUAUGUGACGUACCUAAAUAAAGACCCAUCAGCUCCGUGCUCUCUGACCGAUGCUCUGGAUCACUUCCAAGUGGACAGCCUGGAUGAAAUCAUCCCGAAUGACAUGAGGAAGAGUGACCUGCCCCCUCAGAAUGCCCCCCGCAACAUCACCGUGGUCGCUAUGGAAGGCUGCCACUCGUUUGUCAUUGUGGACUGGGACAAAGCCACCCAGGGAGAUGUGGUAACAGGUUACCUGGUUUAUAGCGCUUCCUAUGAAGACUUCAUCAGAAACAAGUGGUCCACCCAAGCUUCAUCCAUGACUCAUUUGCCCAUUGAGAACCUGAAGCCAAACACAAGGUAUUACUUUAAAGUUCAAGCCAAGAAUCCUCACGGCUAUGGACCCAUCAGCCCUUCAGUGUCAUUUGUUACGGAGUCAGACAAUCCUCUGCUUGUUGUCAGGCCACCUGGCGGCGAGCCCAUCUGGAUCCCGUUUGCUUUCAAACACGACCCCGGCUACACGGACUGCCACGGCCGGCAAUAUGUGAAGCGGACGUGGUAUCGAAAGUUUGUGGGAGUCGUUCUUUGUAACUCACUGAGAUAUAAGAUCUACCUCAGUGACAACCUUAAAGAUACAUUCUACAGCAUUGGAGACAGCUGGGGAAGGGGUGAAGACCACUGCCAAUUUGUGGAUUCGCACCUUGAUGGAAGAACAGGGCCUCAGUCCUACGUAGAAGCCCUCCCUACCAUUCAAGGUUACUACCGCCAGUAUCGCCAGGAGCCUGUCAGCUUUGGCCACAUUGGCUUUGGAACCCCCUACUACUACGUGGGCUGGUACGAGUGUGGGGUCUCCAUUCCAGGAAAGUGGUAACCACAGGACUGUCGCUCUGCAAGCUGGCCCGCCCAGCCCCCUCGGCUAAAUUGCAC